AUGGAUGACGAAGACUGGAACUGGUGUGUCCGAAGAGCAGGCACAAUGUUUGAUCCUGAAGUAAAAUAUGCUAAUCGACCUGGAUUUUUCACGCUGAGACUUCAUCAUGGAGGUAAUUUCACUGAUGAGGAUGAUUUUGACUACAGUGGGGGUCAGGUAGACCACAUUGACCAGGUGGAUUCUGACUUUUUAUCUGUGACAAUCUCGAAUGAUAUGCUUGUAGAGUUAGGCUAUUCUGAAGAGGAUGCUGUGGUAUACCAUUUUAGGGUUCCAGGAGAAGAUUUAAUGUUAGGUUUAAGGCCCUUAGGCAGUAACACUGACUUCAUUAGACUGCUUGAAUAUGUUAAAACAAACAAGGUGCUUGAUCUUUAUAUUCAACAUAUUAAGAAAAAUCCUAAACAGGAUGUAGAAAAUGAUGUUAGAGAACCUGAAUAUGUUGACUUGAGUGAACAAGAAAGUUACGAGGACAGUGGGGCUUAUGAAGGGACUACAAGUGAAAAUGAAAGUGAAAAUGAAAGUGAAAAUGGUGAAUGUGUGGAUACUACCCCUAGGAAACGUGUAAAGUCAGUAGCCAUUAAAACUACACCUAGGAAAGACAGAACUAAGAAGGUUGGUCAGGAAGACAGAGCUGAUAAUGUGGGUGAGGAAGAGGAUGAUGAUGAAGAUUCAGACUACAUAGUCGACAAAGAUAACUUAGUUGACGAUUAUAGUGUAGACAUGGAUGAGUAUAAGGCUGCUGUUGAUUUUGAGAUUGAUGAAGAAUGUGAAGAAGAUAAUGAUGUAGAUUCAGAUGACCAUGUGGAUUUAGAUGGUUUUGAUAGUGUAACAGAUUCAGAUGCUGACACUCCUCUUCAAAAAGCUUGUGGGAUUCCAAAACUGAGUAGUUGUGAAGUAAAUGAUGAAGGCACCUCCCAACAACCUGCAUUUAAGGAGAAUUCUGAAAAUGCCAAAGAGGCACAUGGGCCCACACACGUGGGAACAUCAAAGGGGUCUUGGGUUGUUAAAACCUACCACAAUGAGCAUGAAUGUUUGAACACGAGAGAUGUUAAACUUUGUACAGUUGCUUGGAUAGCUAAGAAGAUUCAACAAAGUGUUAAAAUCAACCCUGGGAUUCCACUAAAAGCUUUACAGGAAGAUCUACAAAGGAAGUAUCAAGUCGAGGUUACUUUGCAUCAAGUUUUUAGGGCUAGGAUGAAGGCCACACAAAGAGUGCAGGGUCAUUAUAAGGCACAAUAUGAGAAUCUUAGGGAUUAUGGUGAGGAGCUACUAAGAUCUAAUCCUGGCAGCACAGUGAAGAUUGAUGUUGAGCCAAAUUGCAAUCCUAGCAGUCUAACAAGGCAGUUCAGGAGGAUCUACGUUUAUUUAGGUGCAAUGAAGGCAGGCUUCAAACUAAUAGGAAGACCUAUACUAGGGGUUGAUGGAUGUUUUUUGAAAGGUCCCUUUCCUGGCCAGAUUCUGACAGCAGUAGGAGUGGAUGGCAACAAUGGGACUUACCCUGUUGGGUAUGUAGUGGUGGAGGCUGAGACAACUGCCAGUUGGACGUGGUUUCUUAAGUGUCUAGGUGGAGAUUUGGAUCUGGAAUCUAACAGCAACUUCACUUUUAUAAGUGACAGGCAAAAGGGGUUAAUUCCUGCAUUGUCUAAAGUGUAUCCGAGUGCAGAGCAUAGAUACUGCCUGAGACAUAUACACGAAAAUAUGAAACCAAAAUGGAGUGGAGAUGAAAACAAAAACCUGUUGUGGAAUUGUGCCUCUGCAUCAACAAUACCAGAGUUUGAAAAGUCUAUGAAGGCAGUGCUUGAUAAGGACAAAGCUUUACAUGAUUGGCUCAAAGAAAUACCAAGCAAACAUUGGUCAAGAGCCUUCUUCACAGGCAGGGCUAGGUGUGACAUAUUGCUAAACAACAUUUGCGAGGUAUUCAAUAGGCAACUGAUACAGGGUAGGGACAAGCCAAUCAUAACAUGUCUAGAGUAUACCAGGGAGUAUUUAAUGAGGAAGAUUGUUGUGGUGCAUAAGAAGAUUGCCAAAUGUAAAGGUCCUUUAACUCCAGGAGCUACUGAAUUGUUGCAAACUAUCAAGAAUGAAGCUGCAGAGUACACUGUGAUUUGGACUGGAGGGUCAAAGUAUCAGGUCAGCACACACUUUAAUGACCACCAAGACCAAAGGGUUGUGAGUUUGGAUGAAAGGACCUGCUCUUGUAGAAGAUGGGAUCUCACAGGUAUCCCUUGUAGACAUGCAGUUGCAUGUAUUUGGGAUAUGGGAUUGCAUGGUAGAGGUGAUGGUGUUCCGGAAAAAUGGGUCCAUCCGGUUUACUGGCUAGAGACUUGGAAAGAGGUGUACAAGCAUACUGUUGAACCAGUGAAUGGCAGUGACUUAUGGCCUAAAUCUGCAUGCCCAACCACCUUGAUUCCUCCAAAGUAUCAUGCUCAGGUUGGGAGGCCAAAAAAGAAAAGAAAAAAAGUCUGCAGUGGAGGUAGAAGAGGCCAAGGCUGCAUCACAGGAAAAAAAGAAGGAAAAAAAGAAGGCCAAGGCUGCAGUGGUGCUUGA